GGCCCCGGCUCCCUCCGGACGCCCGGCCAACGGCGGCGGCGGUGGCGAGUCCGCGGCCCUGCCGAGAGGGAAGCGACGCCGCGGUCUUCCCAGGCGACGCGGACAGCAGUAGUUCCAAAGAACUGCUGGUUUAUAUUUUAGCUCUUGCCAAGUUGUGAAAAUAGUGAAGGAUGCUUAGACUACUUAACAUUCAAAUUGCUCUCUGGUUAAUCAUCUUUAGAAGACCGGAUUUUUGGAUAUCUACUCCACUCCAUCUGUAUUGACUUUUAAAACAUGAUAAUGCAAACCUGUAACACUGGCAAUCAUCCAUGAACUUUUAAUUACAUUGAUUAAUAGCAUUUGAAGCUUCCUCAGGGAAUAAACAAUGGCAUCAGCAGUGGUUGACAGUGGAGGUUCUAUUUUGGAGCUUUCCAGCAAUGGAGUAGAAAAUCAAGAGGAAAGUGAAAAGGUUUCUGAAUAUCCAGCAGUGAUUGUGGAGCCAGUUCCAAGUGCCAGAUUAGAGCAGGGCUAUGCAGCCCAGGUUCUGGUUUAUGAUGAUGAGACUUAUAUGAUGCAAGAUGUGGCAGAAGAACAAGAAGUUGAGACCGAGAAUGUGGAAACAGAACCUUGUUAUGAACUAGAUCCAUUGCCAGCAUUCUCUUCUGCAAAGCUGAGAGUGGAAGCAUCAGUUCAUAGCAGUAAUGCACACUGUACAGAUAAGACCAUUGAAGCUGCUGAAGCCCUGCUUCAUAUGGAAUCUCCUACCUGCUUGAGGGAUUCAAGAAGUCCUGUGGAAGUGUUUGUCCCUCCUUGUGUAUCAACUCCAGAAUUUAUCCAUGCUGCUAUGAGGCCAGAUGUCAUUACAGAAACUGUAGUGGAGGUGUCAACUGAAGAAUCUGAACCAAUGGAUACCUCUCCUAUUCCUACAUCACCGGAUAGCCAUGAACCAAUGAAAAAGAAAAAAGCUCAAAGGGCUUCGCAGAUUAUCAGAUCUUCUGCAAUAGUUGGCCGUAAACCAAAGACCCAGCAAUCACCAAUUUCUAAUGGGUCUCCUGAGUUAGGUAUAAAGAAGAAACCCAGAGAAGGAAAAGGAAACACAACCUAUUUGUGGGAGUUUCUUUUAGAUCUACUUCAAGAUAAAAAUACUUGUCCCCGGUACAUUAAGUGGACUCAGAGAGAAAAAGGCAUAUUCAAGCUUGUGGAUUCAAAGGCUGUCUCUAAGCUUUGGGGAAAGCAUAAGAACAAGCCAGACAUGAACUAUGAGACUAUGGGUCGAGCUUUGAGAUAUUAUUACCAAAGGGGUAUUCUUGCAAAGGUUGAAGGACAGAGGCUUGUAUAUCAGUUCAAGGAUAUGCCCAAAAACAUAGUGGUCAUAGAUGAUGAUAAAAGUGAAACCUGUAAUGAAGAUUUAGCAGCAGGUACUGAUGAAAAAUCAUUAGAACGAGUGUCACUGUCUGCAGAAAGUCUCCUGAAAGCAGCAACUUCUGUUCGUGGUGGAAAAAACUCGUCUCUAAACUGCUCCAGAGCAGAGAAGGGUGUAGCUAGAGUUGUGAAUAUCACUUCCCCUGGUCAUGAUGCUUCAUCCAGGUCUCCUACUACUACCGCAUCUGUAUCAGCAACAGCCGCUCCAAGGACAGUUCGUGUGGCAAUGCAAGUACCUGUUGUAAUGACAUCGUUGGGUCAGAAAAUUUCAACUGUGGCAGUUCAGUCAGUUAAUGCAGGUGCACCAUUAAUAACCAGCACUAGUCCAACAACAGCAACCUCUCCAAAGGUAGUUAUUCAGACAAUCCCGACUGUGAUGCCAGCCUCUACUGAAAAUGGAGACAAAAUCACCAUGCAGCCUGCCAAAAUUAUUACCAUCCCAGCAACACAACUUGCACAGUGUCAACUGCAGACAAAGUCAAAUCUGACUGGAUCAGGAAGCAUUAACAUUGUUGGAACCCCACUGGCUGUGAGAGCACUUACCCCUGUUUCAAUAGCCCAUGGUACACCUGUAAUGAGACUAUCAGUGCCUACUCAACAGGCAUCUGGCCAGACUCCUCCCCGAGUUAUCAGUGCGGUCAUAAAAGGGCCAGAGGUUAAAUCAGAAGCAGUGGCAAAAAAGCAGGAACAUGAUGUGAAAACUUUGCAGCUGGUACAAGAAGAAAAAGCGGCAGAUGGAAAUAAGACAGUGACCCACGUAGUGGUUGUCAGUGCGCCUUCAGCUAUUGCCCUUCCUGUGACUAUGAAAACAGAAGGACUAGUGACGUGCGAGAAAUAAAAUAGCAGCUCUACCAUGGACUUUAGACUGUUAGUGAUAGUACUAACAUAAAUAUUUGCAAGGGAUGUCAUCAAGAAAAGUCAAAAGAAGACUUUAAAACAUUUUUAAUGCAUAUAAGAAAACAAUCAAACUUACUGGAAAUAAAUUACCUAUCCCAUGUUUCAGUGGGAAAUGAACUACAUAUUGAGAUGCUGACAGAAAACUGCCUCUUACAGUAGGAAACAACUGAACCCAUCAAUAAGAAAAAGGAUUGAGAGGGACCAAGCAACUCACUACAAUAUCAAGUUACACUAAGACUUGGAACACUAACAUUCUGUAAGAGGUUAUAUAGUUUUUGGUGGGGAGGGGUUGGGAUGGGUGAUCUCAUUGUUACAUAUAGCAACUUUUGAUGCAUUUUAUAUGCAUACCAGCAAUUAUUACUGUGUUCACACAGAACUCACUUAACUGGUGCUAUGUGGAGACUCUGCUAAUAUAGGUAUUUUAGAAUGUGAAUUGAAGGAUGGAUCCAAAAACUUCAGAAAGAGGAUAGCAAAAAAGAUCUAGUGCGAAUUUUUUUUAUAUAUAUCAUAUAGCUUAAGCUGAUUUAAAACAAAGGCCUUAGACUAAUUUUCGGUUUUCUUUAUUGAAAUAAGCUAAUGGCUUGUUUGUGUAAAGCUUUUUUAUUAAAAGAAAAAUUUUAAAAAUCUUGUACCUAGCACAGUAUUGUUAUAGAAUUUACAUGUAACAUUUUAUAUGGUAGUUUAAGUCUGUCAGUUUCUUAAUUGUGGACAAAUUAACAGUUGGCUCUGGCCUUUUGCUGUAACAUGCCUGUGUCACUCACUUAGCCCUGGCAUCUGUGCAGACAUAUCAGUUUCAGUUCUACCGUCACUUGGAAGUUAAGGCUCAGCAUGAAUUUUUGUCAGGUAGCUCUAAUACCUGGAGUUUUCUUUCUUUUUUUUGUUUUAGUUGAAGUUUAAGAGGGAAAGUACCAGUGUUCAGAUUUGAACUAUAAUAGUUUGUAUAUUCAACAUUUGAAGUAUAUUCUAUUUUGUUGUACUCUUGUUUCAAAGUGUAUUCAAGUAGGUUUUCUGAAAUAUAGAAAUGAAAUUUAUCUUGUGUUUUGGUCUCUGGUGAUAUUUAUAACAAUAUUCAAAAGCUAGUAUAGAGACAUUGUUUUAGUUAAGUAAUAGAAGUCCUACUUCUCCUUCCCUACUACUGCGUGAAGAAAUUCUACUUAUUUUGUUCCAUUACAUUAAUAUUUGGCAAAUACCUGCAUGUUGCCACUUCCUUUCUAAUUACUAUCAGGAACUAUAAUGUUCUACUUUCAUACCAUAAUGAGUUUACCAUUUUAAUGUUGGCCACACUUAAAGAAUUUAUAUUUCAAAUCAGACCAUUUGUUUCUUGGUUAGACCUUUUGAAGGUUAGGAAGAACAAUGUUUUUACAAAUUUGGAAGUGGAGGUCCCAGAGGGAUUACAUGAAUUUCCAAAUUUCACACCAAACUAGGUCCUGUGAUUCCACAUCUUAAUGCUCUUUCUACUACAAAGCAAAGUUGUCUAUUUUUACAUCUUUUAGAAAUUUAAAUAAACUGAUACUUAAUA